AGUAGAGACAAAGUGGUAGGCAUACAAAACUGUUGCGAGAAAUCAUUGAAGUGUCAACAUCGGUGUAUCCGCUGGUGAGGAAGAAGAUAUAUUAGGAGCCUUUUAAGGUACCUACCUGCAGGAGCGUCGCGCGCUUGGAAGAUGCCUCUUGUAUAGAAAUAGAAUAGCAUCGGAAAUAAGUACAAGCAGGUGGAGCUGCAGCUAUGUCUCUGUCUCCCGGGCGUGCCGCCCGUGGAGACCAUGACCAACUCCGAGACCAGGUCGACCGGGCCACGGUACACUUGAAGACCAAUCCGGAUACCACCUUCUACAAAAUCUCCGACCACCAGAGCGGCACCGAUGGGUUGCAGAAAAAACGCACCUGGAAACCGCGGCGGAGAAAGGUAAAAGAAUAUUUCAGAGCAUAGCAUGCAUCGAUGUCGAUCUCGCUGCUUGGAUGGCAGCUAGAAGAAGGGAAGAACAGCAGGAGGAGCGAGUUUUGAAGUUGCAUGUUGGAAUAAACAAGAAGGUAACUGAAACUGAUACGAAUUUUGAAAACCAAAAUGAAAUCUCCUUCGAUAAUAUUAAUUUAGGUCCGCGCCGCCUACCGUGUGCCUUCGGAAUACGACGACACGGUGCCUUAUGGAUGUGUCAGGUUUGAAAUCGUCAAAGUUGAAAUAGUUUGUCAUGCAUAAAACGGAUACCAGUUAGACCUGCAGUGUGUAGUCGGUGCAUGGUAAAUUUACCCGGUCCUGGAAGCGAGUCUGUCAUGCGGUUUAGGGCAAAAGAGCUGCCUUCUGUCAUGCUAGUUAGCAGUCCAACUUUUGACCCUUGCCAGGACUAUAAACUGCCUCCCGUGGGUCCUCUGCAAUAGAGUCACUUUUUGUGCCGCAGUUUCUGCAUUACAAAUUAUUUCAACUUUGACGAUUUCAAACCUGACGCUUCCAUAUCCCUGAUUGGGCCUCCUGGCAGCAGAAUUUUGCCAACAAGGCGGAGCUAUGCAUUGCAAAAGUAUCGUAGUAGUAUAAAUCGCAUGACAAAUUAGCCCAGCAAGACAAACGGAAUUUGUCAUGCUGAUUUGGCUUGGAAACGGGAUUUGUAAUGCAUGACUGCGAUUAGUACGACUACGAGUACGAUACUUUUGCACAGAAUAGGAGCACGCCGCGGUUUCCAUCCAGGCGGGCCUGAUUGCGCAGGAGGCCUGGGAGGCCAGCAUGCUGUCGACGACGGAAGAGGAAGAGGAUGUGUACUACGGAAACCGACAGGAUUUCAGUCACAUGUUCCAGGAGAACCGGGUGGUCGGCCGACGAAGGUCCGGCGACCAGCCCGUGGAUGACUACACCUAUGAACAAGAACGGGCGGCUGGACCACGUCGGGCCCCCCGCGGCCCCGAAGAGUUUACUCGGAAGUACAAAUCCGAAGGCCGCGCGCCGAGUCGGGAAGGAAGAAGUGGCGCCAGAGCGCCGAGUCGCGAGGGCGGCAAUCGGCGGGAGUCGAACAGCCGCGACGGCAGAAGGCGGGGUGGACGGGAAUUCAGCCAAGAGCCGGAAGCGUAUGGACCAAGAGGCGCGGAUCACAAAUUGCAGGACGCGGCGCGGUCACCACAAGGCGGCACACGGGGAAGCGGGCGCAGUGGUGGUGGGGGACAACAUCAUCCACCACAAGACCAAACAAGUGGUGGUCCCCCCCCGGACCAAUCACCAGCUGGCGCGCCCGCAGGCUCGCACCGAAGUGGCAGCAGUCCGCGGGAACGAAGAGGCGAUCGUGAGCACGGCUCAAGUCCGCACGGGUCGGAGGGCCGACGGGGAAGAAGUCAGGACCCGCACGGCGCAGCAGGAGAUGACCGUCAUGAUCGCGCAUCGAGAAGAGGCCGCAGCGGCGAGCCGCACGAGGAUCGCGGCGGCAGUCGCGGACGGGGCGGCGGACACGGACAGCAGCACAGUCAGCCGCGAGGUCAGGGACACCAGCAGCACCCGGGCGGUCCCGGUCCGCCCCCCUUGUCGCCCCAACAACAGCUCGGGAGCCGCAGUCCGCAGCGGGGCACCCGCGGGGGUGGCGCAAGACAACAACUCGCCAGUCCGCCCUCCGCCAUGAAACAGUCCUACAACAACGGCAUGGGGAGUCGCGGCGCGGGCGCCUCACCGAAAAAGGUUUCCUUGUUUGACAGUGGCGGGAGCCCGACCGCGACGACCAAAAAGUCCUACGCUCCGCCCAAGGAUCCGGAAGAAAGGAAAGCGUGGGAAGAGGAGAAACAGUACCAGAACCGGUAUGGAAGCGUCAGGUUUGAAAUCGUCAAAGUUGAAAUAGUUUGUCAUGCUCAUGCAUAAAGUGCAGCCCUCAAAGUGCCUGUCUUGCAACGUAGGCAAGUGUUGAGGCAGAUUGUAAGCCUGUUGAGGGGUAGAAACUACUGAGCUGCUAACGUAGCACGAUUCCUUACCCAAACAGCAUGACAAACUGGAUUUUGGUUCUACCCAAAUUUGUCAUGCGCCACUUACAAACUGGGCCACAACUUUCAUCCAUUUUAUGCAUUGCAAGUUAAUAUUCGAACAUUGUCGAUUUCAAUCCUGACACUCCCAUAACCGGCGGGCCUCGGUCAUGGAGCAUCCGGAGAUGGUGAAGGCGCGCGCUAUCAAAUGUAAAAAUGUCUGGGUCUGGAAGAAUGCAACUUGUCAUGCUAAAUCUGAAGCAUGCAAAAAUGAAAAUCUGUGUUGCAUGAUUGCCAAAAGUCGUCAGGUUUUGACCAAGUCGGGAGGGAGUUUCUCAUGCAGAAUAGGCAUGAGAGAGAUCGCGCAGAAUCUGUCAUGUUAGGUCCUGCAUUCCAGACCUCAUGGGUCAUGGAAAAGCUGCAUGACAGAUCGCGCAUUCUUCCAGACCCAGACAUAUCUGCAGUUGAUACGCGCGGACCUGAUGCAAUUCGUUAUGCACAGCGACACGCAGGACAUGCACGAAGUCCAGCAGCGGUUCGAGGAGUUCACCGAUUUUUUGACAAGACAAGCCUUCGAUCGCUGGAACGUAUCAGAAGGACAGAAAGCGGUGCUGAACCAAAAUAACGUCAGGUAUAUAUUUUCUUGAAUCGGGUCAAGAAGUAAACGUAAAGUACUUUCUUUCAUAAUUUUCGAAGAGGAUGAGGACUUUCCCCGCCGGCCUGCUGCCAAGAAGAAAACUUAAAGUAUGUAGCAGGGCGGAAUGACUUGUACUAGUACAACUAGUUCCAGCACAAGCAUAAAAGUGCUGAAGAGGCACUCAUGUGACCACGAUGCACAACUCCAAACAGGACACAAAUGCUGAAGGCCCAACAGGGCUACCUCCAAGAGCUGCAGUACCAUCGCUACCGCGAGGGACAACGCCCCGGGGACAUCCCAGGAACCGGUAUGGUGAUGCCCGGCGAGAUAUCAACUGUAAAAAUGUCUGGGUCUGGAAAAAUUCAUGUUUGUCAUGCUUGUCUGGCAUGACUCUUAAAUCUGUCAUGCACGUUACCCAAGAGCUCCGUUUUUCUGUGAUGCAAAAGCGCAGUUUGUCAUGCAGAAUAGGCAACACCUGGGAGCUGAGAAACUUCUCAUGCUGAGUCAGCAUUUGCAGCCUCAGCAUGAGACGCUACCCAGCAUCACAAGUUCCCAGACCCAGACAUUUUUACUUUUGAUACGAGAGCUACAAAAUCGAUACCGGCGGUGCCGCGAAGGACGAAGUGGUCAAGGCGUUUGUCGAUGGACAGACCCAGGGCAUGAGCAACGAUGGUAUGAUGAUAUCAUCACGACACAGAAUUAAUACUACAAACUCAAACAGAAAGAUGUAGCGAAAUAAAGAACAAGGUCAUGAUCGUGGCGUUCCCGUUUUCAUAUCUAAAAACCCGUCGAUUAACAGUAAGAAGGCAAGACAUGUGAUGACGCAAAACAAUAAACCUCCAUCCACCACAGGUGCAAACGUGAUCUUGUACGAUGCCCUCACUGUCUUCACCCUGGACGAGCAGGAGCUAAUUCGCAUGAUCAUCGACGAGCGAGUGCACCAACUGCAGAUCUACGCGCCGGGGAGGAAAGGCCGGGGGUCGAAGGAAGAGGAGGAGGAAACCGUGUCUCUGGACGAACUGAAUUUCGUCAAAAGUAUAAACAAAAGAUAAAAUUAAAAUUAUUGCUUUCGUUGUUCUCUUGAUGCAUGCUGCUAAGGUCUCUGCGGUUUUGGAAUCUCUUCACAAACUACAGAAGAUCAUGGGAAGAUAUUCGGCCGCCAAAGGACGAUGGCGCUCCAUGAUGCCGGCCUGUGUCCUUAAGUCAGCGACCACGGGCCAGUUUUUCUAUUAGAAAAACUGGCCUGUCUGCAUCAUCUUUCUAUAGUUACUAUAGAAAGAUGAUGCAGACAACGAUCCUUCCUCGAAACAUCAAAUAAUCUGAUCUACUAGACUACACAACUCCUUCACAGACGAGCUGAUUUCGUGGCAGUUGAAAGCAAAAACGCUGGAGGAAGAAUACGGCAAGAAGGUGCAGCGAUUCCAAGACUUGGUGGACGAGCUCCGCGCCAAGGUCGAACAGCUCGAGAACGUGGAGAUCGUGGAGCGCGACCAAAGAAUCGAAGAACUGCAGUCCGACACGGAGGACCUAAAACUCAAAAUUGACGAGGUGAAAAUGGAGGCCGAAGCGGAAAAGUUUGAGUACUGAACCGUGUGUCGUUCUUUCCUGAUUUUUGUUUGCAAUGACGGUUGUGUUCUUGGCAACAGUUACGUCUCUGCAACGCCGAUGGUAAAAAUCAUGGAUGCGCAUGCGGCUGCGGGGGCCUGAUCCCACUUGAAUGAUAACACGAAGAUCACAAAAAUGAAUUCAGGCUCGAAUCGAAGGUCAGCGAGAAGCAAAUGGAGAUUGACCUGCUCAACAAGCAGCUCGACGAACUUCGCGCCGGGCUGGAUCCCAGCAAGGUUUCCAGCGAAAGCGAAAAGGCGCAGACGGACAGCGAGGAAAAAGCCAAGCGAGAAGCGGAACUGUAUCUUCGUUUUUUCAUGUGUGGUAGAAUGUUGAUGCUAGCGGAGAGUCCGAGGACUUUCAUCUUCAUGCUGUGCAUGCCUGAUCAUGGUUGUAAUCGUGAUGCCAAAGGCUGCGCAGAAAGAUACUUAAGUGAAAACUUGUCCGAACUACAGAACCCUUCUCGCCGAGGAGCUGGUGGCGUGCAAGGCGAAACUAGCCGACGCGGAGUUGGAGAUUGCGAGAUUGCGUGCGGAAAUGGAGCAAUCCGUUCAGAACGCCAAUGCAAAAGCUAGGCGAGAUUCCGGCGGCCAAGUGGACGAUGAAGAGUUCGCGGCCAUGCGCAAGGAGCUGGAAGACGCGAAGAGGGAGUUGGAGAGGAUGAAAGUACAAAAUAUAACGUGUGGAGGUGUUGGGCUGGUUUUGAUUUGAUAUUAGAUGACGAGGAUUUAUGUUGUGUAGUACGUCCUCAUCCUCUGUGUCAGUCUCGUGCUUGAGCAUCACGUUCUUGAGCAACUCUGUUUUCAUCUUCAGCAAAUGUAAAUGAAACACGACAAACGCCCGAUUAUUUUAUGAAACACCACCUUCCAGACCCUCCUCCUCCAAGAAGAGGAGUUGCGCCGAAAAGCGGAGGACAUCGCUGACAAGUGGAAACUAUGAAUUGCAAAAGCAUCGUACUAGUAGCAAUUGCAUUACAAAUUGCCUCAGCAUGACAAAUGGAAUUUGUCAUGCUGUUUGACCUUGGGAUGUAGAUUUGUAAUGCAUAACUGCAAUUACUAUGAGUACGAUACUUUUGCACUGGAUAGAAACAGGACGUGGAGGCGCUGAAGGGCGAGAACGACCGGUACCGCCAACGGCUGGAGUCCCAGGACGCCGAGAUGCGGAGUUUGCGGCAGAAAAUCACGCAGUUGGAGAUGGUCGAGCAGGAGCUGCUGCAGCAACUCGCGGAGAUCAACGCGCUCAAGGACGUGGGGGAGACGGGGAAGGCGUUCAAGGGCAUGAUGCGGAAGCUGGGCGUGAAGUCGGGCGGCAUAUGACAGUGCGCAACCCCCCCCCUCCCCCUCAUUUGUAUUGCAGGAACAGCAAUACAAACGCCAGCGACCCUGGAGCUUGUGCAUUACAAAUUUAUGUACCUAGUACUGAAGUUAGUACUAUUUGGGCUUUGGAAAUUUGUCAUGCAAACAGUGCCACGGGGAUGAACAUGAAGCGGCUGGAUUUCUGAUUUAGCAUGGCAAAUGAAGGGGAGGGGGAUUUGUGCACUGUCAUAGGGCAACCGGCUGAACCGGAAGGUGUUCGAGCGGCUCUACAUCGACGCGUUGGACCGCAUGGAACGCGCCGCGCGGCUGAACCAGACGAAGCUGAACGAGCAGCGAAACAACUGGGAGAUGAUUUUGGGUGCGCGGGACCUGUACGGCGACAAUUUCCUCCCCACCGGGCGACCGCCCGCAAGCGACCACUUGAUCGACGCGUUCCGGUCGCUUCCCGACCGGAGUCUGGUGGCCGCCUUACCCGCGGACGACUAUUUGUACAUGUUCACCACCCCCCUUGGCGGCGCCACCGGCGGCAACGACUACGCCGGCGCCUACCAAUACAGCACGAUCGGGCACAGUAGCACACAAUACGGAACAAUGGGCGGGUAUGAUCCACAAAAAAGACCCAUCUUGAUCUUCCCCAUUUGAUUUGCCAUGCAUACAUGCAUCAAAGUAGCCUGUGUUUCUCAUGCAAAAAAUGGAUCGGGUUCGGGAUGGGUUUUUUUCCAGCCUAUAACAGGUCCAGUUCCAGCUCGUCGACAACCAUCAAUCGGCGGCCGCGACUCCGGGCAACUCGGUCCCUGUCCCCGUCGGCGUUGCUGCUCGCGGCCGCCUCGGACUGGACGCCUCUGUCGCCGUCCGCGCGCGCACAACCACUAUUACCCCCGGAAGAACGCCGGGAGCUGCGGACGAAGCGGCACAUCAUUUCCGCCGAAAACGAGUCCGCCACGGUCGCCUCCUCGACCACAGCCGGCGGCCAUGCCACGAUGUCGACAAUCCACGAGCAAAACCAGCAACACACGCGAACCAUUGGGGGUUCCUCAUCCAGUAGCUCCUCUUCGAGUCAUGCGAACAAAAAGAUGGCGUCGCGGACAACAAGCGGAGCUGCGAGGAUGGUGGAGCGAACAUCAAGAUCACCGCCGAUACGACUACCAAUUCCCGCGAGUGCGACGAUUUCCGCGAGCAGUGCUUUAUCAAAUCGUGAGCGGAUUCCGGGUUCGAUCAAGGUCGGAUCCCCGAGGGCGCAUUUGAACGCGAUGAUGGGCGACCGGCAAAUGCACAGUCCCCGGACCGUGGCCGGGUUCGAGCGCAGCCCAAGCAGCGGCCCACGACCAUCUUCGCCGACAAGAAGGUUCUUUACCUCGAGCAACGGGAAGAACCACGACUACAACGGCGAGGACAAUUCCAACUCGAGCGGGGUUGUCAACCUCACCCGGUUUGCGAAUGCCGGCGACUCCAUGUACUCCUCCCGGCACAAGCUGAAAAAACCCAGGUGUCAACACUGCGGACACAAAUUGACGCAUUAACUGUUGUACCAACUAAGUACCUACUGAGCGGAUGUGGAGUUGUACCAGCAGUAGGCGUAGUAGUUCAGUGAAGAUGGUGAAAACCUUACUGGUGACGAGUAUAGGAUACGUCUUGUUCUCAAAUUGCAUCUACUGUAGUUGUAAAAUUGAUUUCACUUCUCAAAUUUAACAUCGAAAAGCAAAAGUGCAUUUGCCUUUUCUGCGAAAUAAAUCCAACGUAUAGAUAACCUGAGUUCAUGGUAAAGGUUGAAUAAUUGUGAUUGUCAAUGUACAAUAAGCAACUGUGCGAGUGAAGCCUUGCUUUGCUGCGUACUAGCAUGAAACAAUGUAUUGGCCUUCUUGUUUUGCUAUAUUCUGUUUCAUUACAACCAUGUACACCGACUGUCGUGUAACAGCGUGCAAUGUUUCCAUUCCAAUAUCAACGAAGCAACAGUCUGACUGACAGAAACAAUUCUGGUUCAUCGAAAAGCAAGUGUCGACGUAAUCCACCGAGAUCAUGGCUGCGGUACCUAUUCAAGCCUAUGUAGUGGUUGAAACUACGAAUGCGAUGUAAGCAAUGUGUUGGCUAUUGUGGCCGUUGUAUUUUAUUUUCGACAUCAAAG